UUCUCUUUCUUUUUGUUUUUUUUUUUUUUUUUUUCCUUCUCUUUUCCUAGUUUUUGGCCGAUCAACUUUCUCGAAAUUUCUCGGCGAUUUUCUCUCCUUCCAAACGCUCCCGAAUAUACUCUCCUGGUGACUCCAAAUCCAUCCGAUCGCUGGAGAUCUUCUUUGCCUCCUUCCCGAUCUCUCUUUCCGCCCUUCACUGGAUUUUAAUACGAGCAUUGGUCUUUUGUACAGUGGCUUUCAGUGAGCUGCUAGGUUUGCCUUUUGUGUGCAUAAAUGCCAGUUGCAAAACUCAAGGCCUCAAACAACACAGAUGUGAUGAAAACAGAGGAUGGAAAUGAUUCCCUAGACACAUUUAUCAGGCAGGCAAUUGGAAAAGAGCCCUUUCUUUCUUUCUCAAGGCCUGGUGAUAGCCCAGUACAGUGGAUCCAAUUAUUACAUGCACUAGAUCAGCAAGAUCUCCCAGGUUGGCCUUUGCUCACUCCUUUGAAGGUGCAGAUGCAAAAGUGUGAAAAGUGUUCCAGAGAGUUCUGUUCAUCUAUUAACUACAGAAGGCACAUACGUGUACAACAUCGAUUAAAAAAACUUGACAAGGGUUCUUCCAAAAAUAGGGAUCUAUUGGGAACCUUUUGGGAUAAGCUUUCUGAGGAUGAGGCAAAGGAAAUUUUAUCAUUCAAGGAUGUGACACUGGAGGAAGUUCCAGGCUCUUCAAUUAUAAAGUCAAUGAUGGCACUUAUUCGGAAACCUGGAUUUUCUUCCCUUCCACAACAUUGUUUGAGGGCUGGUUCUGCCCUUUUGGAUAUCAUCCAGGCUAGGCCUUCAAGGUUUCCUUUGCCUUCUGAAGAACUAUUCAGCAUCCUUGAUGACGCCAGUGAAAAGACAUUCCUGUGUGGAAGUGGAACAGCUGUAUCAAUGCAAAAAUAUAUUUUUGAUGGGGAAGCUGGGAAGAUUGGUCUCGAAACAAAGAAUUUAGUUGCUUGCACCAGCUUUCUGGUGGAACAGAAAUUGGUUAAAGCAUGGCUUACUGACAAGGAUGCUGAAGCUUUAAGGUGCCAACAGUUGCUGGUGGAGGAGGAAGAAGCUGCUCAGAGAAGACAAGCUGAGCUCUUGGAGAAGAAGAGGCAGAAAAAACUCAGGCAGAAAGAACAGAAAGCUAAAGAGCAAAGGCAAGAGGAGCAGGCUGAUCUCAAGGAGUGGAUUGAUGAUACAGUGGAGACUGUGUCUUCAACUGAGCAAUUCCCUUUGAUUCCAUCUGAUUCUAGUGUGAAUGGUCUGGAGGCACUGCCAGAUCAUGUUCCCUCAUCUUUUGAACCUUUCCAACUGCCAAGCAUGGAUGAAGAUGUGGAUUUGGAAAUUCAGACAGGGUCUGGCAGUGAUCCUGGCACUAGUCAUAAUGUUGAAAGGCAGGCAAUACAAAGAAAUGGUCGUAGGCACUCAGCCAGUCGCUGGCUGUUGUCUCCAAAGUCACAAUGGAAUUAUGUGCCAAAUGGUUUCCAUGCAAGUCUGAAUUCUCAGGCACCAAAACUUGGCGGCAUGCAGAAGCAUGGAAAUCACAGGGACUCAAAACCAGUGCAUUCAAUCAAUGGCAACAGAAAGUGGAGCCGAAAACCUAAACCAGAUUAUCUUGUUGACAGUUUGAAAACUAGAGCGCAGAAAGAAGCAAUAAGCCUGCCAGAUCACAAUAAGAAGCAUGAGGUUCUGAUUGGUUCUAUAUCUGUUACACUUGGAAACUGCAGCCAACAUGAGGUUCACAAAUUUGAUGGAGCUAGAGAUGAUUUUCUGUCAGAGCAUCAAAUGCCAAAGAAAAACAAUGUUUAUGAUAAGCACAAUAGACCUGAUUCUUCUCACUCCAGCACAAAUCGGUCAACAAUAAAGCUUUGGAGGCCUGUGAGUAGAAAUGGAACCAAAGAUCUAAUAUUGGUUGAAAAUGGAGCUAGAGAAUUUCAAGUUGAUGGGAUCGCUGAUAAGGGGGAUGAUCAUACACCAUCUGAAGGAAACUGUCUUAGUUCGUGUUCUGUGGAUGACAACAAUGGCAUAACAGGGAACAGUUUCCCACUUCUGCUAGAGAUACUGCAUCCAGGAAGCUUGCAGUUCUCAUGCCAAGCAGCAAAAGCAUUUCUUGCAGAGAGGUGGAAGGAGGCAAUUGCAGCUGAACAUGUCAAAUUGGUUCUAUGUCCAGACUUAGAAUCUUCAGAAUGUAUGGAGAUUCAGAAUGACUGUCUAAUAGGUGUAGCUGGGUCAUCAGAUAUUAAAAAAUGCGGUCUUCUUGGCAAUGUGGAGAAUCAGUUGGUUGAUGUGGGGGUACAUGAAUCUUCGAUCACUGGAGCCAGUAAAGCCAAGAUCAGAACAAAGUCUGAGAAAGGUGUCAAGUUAAAGUAUAUACCCAAGCAGAAAACCAUCUCCUAAUAAAGAUGAAGAAGAUGAAGAGAAGGGCAUUUUUGUUUUCCUUUCUGCUUUUUGUUAUACAGAUAUGCACAGUUUAAUUGCUACAUUCUUAGCAGAGGUUCCAGUUUUACCGAAGGUCUUCUGUCAGAAAAAUGAAGUUAGUUUUUUUUUUCAUCUUCUCUCUCUGAUGUCUUUUUUAUCAGAAAACACUUUAGUUGUCAUAGCUGAUUUGAUUAGUGCAUUACUUCUGCCGUAAUGGUCCAUUUUUUUCUGUAAUAAAUAUUGAUUUCUAGGUAGUUCAAAGUUCAAGUUCA